ACCUGGAGUUGGUGGGUCACCUAUGACAAUUUUCGGUGGCAUUUACGUGUUGCUGUACUGUGUUUUUGUUGUUGAUGGUGUUACCGUAGGCUUGGAUCCGAUGGUUAUUUAGAAGACAUUUAUACCCUGCAGUUUUUGAGUCUUUUCCUACAGUGGUGACAUGGCCUUGUCCAAUGUCCUGCUUCUGAGCCAAGUUGCAGGCUAUGUGAUAGCUUUGAUUUUAUCACUAUGUAUCACAGUGCCUAUGAGCUUCCACCAAGAUGAAUUUUUAGGCCAUUGCCUGCUCUUUUCAACUGGUGAUUGGCGCGAAUCAGACGGACAAUUUGUUGUAAAUUGGGCUUCACAAGCUUACUGCAAUUACAGUAUAUUUGUUGGUGUUAUAUUGUUCCUAGCAUCUGCAAUUCAAAUCUACAGAAUGUCAGUUUAUUUGUACAAGGGUACAGACAGCUCAUUCCUAUCUGCAUUUACUGAUGUAGUCGGGAGCCUAGCACUGUGUGCCAUGUGCUUUGUAACAGCAGUUCUCAUUACUCUUGGAUUUACUGUGUGGUGUCAAAAUAUGACUCUUCGAUUCCCUUCAUGUGAGGUUGCGGCUGGGAAUCAGUUUGAUAAGCAGGAUGGUAUAAACACAUCUGGGUUCUACUUUGAAUUGGGAACAGCACAGUUUGGUGCUUGGGCUUCGUGGACAUGUUGGGUUGGUUUGUCUGUUUUUGCUGUGUUGAAACUUGUCAGCCAGCAUCAGCUCCGCAAUCUACGAGUCAGCAUGUUCCGUGAGAGACAGCGACUUAUAAAUGAGGGCCAGGGACCAGACAAGGAACCAGUUCCAAGUGUAUCGGGCACAGCAGUUGCUACCAUAGAAACUGGGAACACAAGCUCUCAUGUCAAAGCCUCUGACACUGUUGUUCCUGUACAUGACUUUGAAUAGUUCAGAACAAUUCCAGGAGGUCUUAUCCACGUACUAAAAUUCUUUUGUCAAUCAUUUAUUACAUCGAUCAGAAGCAGUGUAAUUGGUGCUUCUCCAGUUUGGGGAGAUGCAGGUCUGUUCCCACUGUGCCCUAGUUAAUGAUUUUUUUUAACUUUGUUUAUAUCUCCGAUCAUUAUA